AUGGCGGCGCCGGGCACCCCCUCGACCUCUCCCCUCGACCUGUCUCCCACAUCUGUGUCCCCGCCAGGACCGCCGCCGACCCCGCCCCCGACCUCGAACGCGCUCUCGAAGUCGCCCCUGGAGUCGAAGGCGAGCUCCCAGAGCCCACCGUCUCGCUCGACCUGCCAGGAGACCUCGUUGUUGCCCCUCGCCGUGUUUUACGGGCCAUUGGACGCUAAAAACCCGCUCCUGGCCUCCUGCGAGAGGGAGAUCCGGGAAUUACUAGGCUUUAUGAGGAGAAAGAAGGCGUUAGCGACAACAGAGGAGCAGAAGCAUGAAUUCCACCGGCUUUGUGCCACCUCUUUGUUUAAUAUCUGGACCAAAUAUGCCCCGCGGCUGCCAGCUGCCUAUUACAAUGAAAAGCUUCUGAAGGUUGGAGAUAGCCUUUGUGAAAUAAAAGAAUAUAAAUUGGCCCUUUUACAGUGCUAUGGAAGGUACCUUCAGCAGUUCCAUGUCAACUUUGAUGAGAAUAAAGCAGAUGUGAAUCAAUUCAAAACUGCCUUUUUUCCAAAAGGCCUUGGAGACAAAACUUCUGCUCAUACAUUUCAUGCUUUAAGUGGCAAAAAUAUUUGCAACUAUGAACUAGUCUGUGACAAUGACGUGAACCUGCAGAAUAAAGAAUCUGUGACCCAGUGCCUGCAGAUUUUGUCCUCCUUAAGACUCAUCAUGCAGGUGGCUUUGCCACUGGAACACCUUUGCUGGAUUAUUUUCAACGGUACCAUUUACAUUUACACCAUUUGCAGAAAACUGAUGAUCAUAGGUCAGUCUUCCAAGGCCUUGGAAUACUUCCUGUGGGCCAGUAUGUGUAUGGAGUUCUCGGUCCCGCUCCUGUCUGUCAGGUACCUGACGUGGCGGGCUACUCUUUACACUGCCGUCUGCCAGUGCUAUUAUGACUGCCAAGCUGGCGUUCAUGCAGAGGCAUUUGCUCGGCGUGCUUUAGCUAAAAUUGAUGAGUUAAGGCAACUGGAAUUGAUGAGUUCCUCACAAUCGCAGGAAGAAUCCAGAAGAUACUAUAGAGAGGCCACCAUAAAGAUGGCAGUGAUGAUCUUCAAAAGAGGAAUAUUUGAAUCUAGAAGGAAACACAAAGGUUUGUUUAGACCAAAGAUAAGAGUGAACCUAAGGGAAGCUCAAACUUUGCCAUGGCCACGUACUGUCACGGAGCGGUUGUUGGAUGAGAUGUUUGAUAGCACCGCAUCCCGGUUUCUGGCUGUCUUAGAAGCUCUUUCUGAUUCAAAUAGGCGUACUCUACAAACUGGACCUAUUGUUACAGAUGAAGUAGAAGUUCGUGAUGUUGUCUCAGAACUGUUUAUGGCAGGAAAAGAACUUUUAAUAAUGUCAAAUACUGGUGCAGAUGGAAUGCUUGAUUUUCCACAAACAUCUCUUCUGCAACAUAUUAUAAAAGGAAAAAAUGUUAUUUCUAUAGAUGCUGCUGUGAAAUUUGUAAAACUAGCUUUUACUUAUGAGGAAUGGAAUUUAUUUGAAUCUUCAGCUGGGCAGCUUAUUGAUUUUCUCCAGAGGCAGGAUGAUCCAGAGUUAAAGAAAGCAGAAAAGGAUUUAAUUCUUCUAAUUGCAAUAGAACCUUUAAUCAAUGUAAAGAGAAACAAAGGUAUGGUCUUUCCCAUGGAAAACUACAAAGAAGGACAGUCAGCUCAAAUUUAUGUUAAAAAAAUCGGUUUUCAUGAUACUUAUAAGACUUAUGGAUAUUCAGAAGACAUUUUCCAUUUGGCAGCAACCUUGUACUCCUGUGUCUGUGCCUCUCCCCAGAAUGCUCAGCCUGAUAAAGAAAUCGUUGUGGACACGAUAAUGUUCCUAUGGCAGAAAUGCAAAUUAGGAAUUCAGAGGAUCAAUAUGUCCAGAAAUGACUAUGCAAAAUUCAUCCAGAAUAUCAGCACUAAUAAAUGGGUUUAUCUUCUGUGGCAGAUAAAUGAAGUAAUUCACUGCUAUAAAAUGGAAGACAUUGACGUUGUGGUGGUGGCAGAGGUCACAUUACAAUUAAGUGAAAUAUUGGAGUCAUUAGGAAACCCACGAAAAAAAUUUAAAAAAUCUCUAGAGAUAUCUUUAAGGAAAGGGACUGGUGAAUUCCUUGAGACUUCAAAGGGGAGCCUGGAAAUUCUCCCAAUAUUGAAGAAAAAACCCGUGGAACAGUUAUUUUUGGCUUAUGAACUUCUUGACAAAGCAAUUGGUGGGAUAAAUUUGAAUUGCAAAUUAAGUACUUUGCCAAAUGGAUCAUCAGUGAUUGACCAUUGCUAUGCCAAGUAUACCCAGGAUACAGAUGGAGACAUCUGCAAACCAGUCACACCGAAUAGUUUCAUGAUGGAUUUACAUCUUGAACUAAUUCAAGCCCAACACCGAAUAGCUGUUGUGCUUCUUGACCAAUUGCAAGUUUUGCAGACUCCAGCUGCUAGCAAGCAUGUAUCUGCCAAAGAUCCAAAAAAGCUGAAACAAUCUAGAAGCAUUGACUGUUUUACAGAAUUAAGUGUAAUGAAUAAAAUAAAGAAGAAUAAGCUGUCCAAAGCGAUUUACUUGAUGCAGAAAGCUCUUCUAGUAUUUGAAAAAGAUGCAGCCUCUACAUGUUCACACAACUUUUUGAUGGAAGCAUAUUCUUUAAUUGAGAAGAUUGAAACAGAACAAAAUGCCCUAUAUUCAUAUCAAAAAUAUGUGGAGAGUUCGAAAAGAAAGAAAAACAGAAUCCCUCCCCCACCUAUCCUGCUAUCCCGAACUCAUUGUUCUGUGACAUUGAAACCUGCUCCAUUUAUUUCAGAUGUUAAGGUCUCCUGGUACUGCAUUUUGGGUUGCAAAGCAGAAGGAAGCUAUGGAAAAGUAAGGCUAAACAAUAAUCAUCUCCCAAACUCAGGAGAAGCGAUACCAGCUGAUGGUAAAAGCAUUUUUGAAGUGAAAGGUUUAGAAACAAAUGAAAAAUAUGUCUUUGCAAUUGCUGCUUAUUCUUCUAACGGGAAGCUUAUUGGUGAUGCCAUUGGGGAGACAACUAAACCAAUUCUGGUUUAUCCACCUCUUUCUGCUGUUACUACUCGGAUGUUCUUGACGCAGGUUGCCUAUCAGAUUGGUAACUAUGAGUUGGCUAAGAAGGUUUUCUCACCAGUUUGGGAUUAUUUUGUUGCUUCACCACAUCAUGAUGAACAAUCUGUUAUUUGCUUAAGCAAUAUAAUGACUAUUACACAGAGAAGAUUACAUUCAGAUAUUUUGGCAGAGACUUCUUCAAUCCUCUUAUACCUUUUCCUUAGAAAUAUUUUUGUAACAAGUGACAUUAAAAUUAAAGAAGAAAAUCUUUUCUGUGAUAAUAUUAAAGGCAAUGAGAUUUUCCCCUCUCAACAAAUUGCUAGAUUAAUUGAAUGUGAGAGAAUAUUAGUGGCAUUGGACCUUAGCAACUACCUAAAUGAUUCCAGUUAUGCCCUUCAAGCUGUGACUCAGUGUUAUGGCCUCCUUGCUCCUAUAAUCUACCACAAUGUUGUUUUGGUACCUGUUGUACAGAUCUUGAUAAAGUGUGUGGUGGUUUUGCAGGGACUACCAAACAUUGUCCACUCAAAGAAACAUUUUGCAAGUUUUGAAAGUGUACAGCACAUGAUAGCUUGCUGUGUCUUCUACAUAACAAAGAUUCUGCGUUCAUGGAAAGAAUAUGACCUGGCAGUUAUGAUUAUAAAUUAUGGAAAAAAGAUGUUAGGCAUCACAUCAGGGUGCAAAUCUCUGUUUGGUGUGACUGACCAAGAAGAAACACAAGAGGAGGGUUCUUCUAAGAAGUCUUACAAGCCUAAGAAGCCACAGCAGAUAUUAUUACCUGAAAAAAUAAAUGAACAGCUGGCCUUGUUGGAGACCCACCUACUCAAACUGACAAAGCAAUAUGUUACAACUGAACUCUCAGGAACAGAGGACCCUGUAUUUCUUUACCCUAUUGUUUUAAACUGGUCGGUCAAAGGUGCUGUGAAAGAAGUUAUGAAAUUUAAGCAGAGACCUAGAUUCCUAGAAUUCUUUACACAAGUUAUGCUAAAAUGUAUGAACGAUGAAAAAUUUCAUCUUAUGGUGGAGAUAACAAAUCCUGUUUAUGACUUCUUAAAAAGGAGGAAUGAAUCCCUACUUGGAAUUAAAAGAACAAAAUAUAAAGACAAUAUUUUGUGUAAAAAGACAGGCAAACCUUUGAAGAAGUUCAAAGCUGCAGUAAUGGAGAUUGGAAGAACUAUAGAAAUGAUGCCAAGAAAAAGAAGUAAAAGAAAGGAAACUCUAAGAGAAUUUUUUUCUAAAAAUCCAUCUAUUGCUGAAAUGAUGGAACAUGAAAGAAAUAAGAGAACUGAUGUUAGAAAACUUGCCUAUCGAUCCCUGGUGGAGAACUUGAAUCCUAUAAUAUUAAAUUUUGUGAAAAGGAAGAGGUUCCAUAAACUAUUUCUUGAGGAGAUGCCCUGGAGAGCUCAGAUGAACCUGUAUCUGGCAAGUGCACACUUCUCCCUGCUUUUAACGAAACUAGCGGAACGAACGAAGAUGAAAUUUGGCACUUCACACACAGUGGUCAGUUUCCGAUCAUGUGAUCCUAAUAUGUUCUCACUAUAUAAUUCUGGAACAGUAUUACCAACAGUGAAAUUGACUUUAGAAAACUAUAAAGCAAUACUUGAUUUCCUUCAUACAGCUAAAAAAAGAAAGGCCAACUUACCAUCAGAUGCUGAAGAAUUUUCCACAUUUAUUAAUUCCAGAAUGAGUGGUGAAAAUGUGUCAAAGACACAAACAGUUUAUGACUCAGACUCUCAGUCAGGUCUUAGUACUAAAGAAAAGGAUCGAGCAGCAAAUUUGGGUCUAUUGGAUCAUUUUAUGAAAAUCUUUUUAUAUUGCAGGAGAGCAAUGGUUCUUGCUCAUCGUGGAGGCUAUUGGACUCUGCUUCAGAAUAGCUGUAGGACCUUUUGGAACUUUACUCAGGAGCUACAGAUACUUCUUAAACAAGCAGUGGAUCUGUAUAAAACAUUUCCUGUUAGCCAGGAUGGUUUCCUCUGUACCUGUGUUUUGCCAUUCUAUUUGGGAGCAGAAUUACUUAUUGACAUGUUAAUAGAACUGCAAAAUACCAAUUCUAUUAAGGUUAUUGAAGAAAAAGGAGAGUUCAGUGUUCCAAGCUGCUAUGGAAAUAUUAAAAAUGAUAAUGGUGGUUCUAGCCUUCAUUUUGAGGAUCCAUUGGAUGAUGUAAAUGUGGUUGAUUUGAAAUGGAUCCAUGACUUUGUGUUAAAGUCUCUGGAGGUUUUAUAUCAAGUGGAAAAAUGGGAGACACUAGUAUCACUUGCCAUCCAGUUCAAUACAAUUUCACAUGAGAGAUACACAGAGCAAGUGACACCGCUCCUGGUAUAUGCACAGCGCCAGCUUCUUCUAAGAAUAUCCAAGUUCAAUGGCCCAGAUGUUACCCAACAACCUUGUGCAAGAUAUGAAGCUGAAUAUGAAGAGAAGAUAACCUGCCGAAAUUUCAUUGGGAAGCAGCUCAAGAUUAAUCCUCCAACAAGUGAAGAGAAAGAUACAGGAAGCUGCACAGAUUUCUGUAAAAAGCUUAUCUAUUCAGAAUAUAGCCACGCCAAAGAGCUCAUCUGUGUGCCCGUGGAUGUGACAGACACUUUGCGAUGUUUUAGACAGACUUUGGAAAAAUCCAAAUAUGAUAGCAGAUCAAUCCGACACAGCAGAAAAUUGCUUUCGUUAUUCCUUGCACAGACACAAGAUGUUCUCCAAGCCUGCAAUAAAAGAAGUCUUAAAGUUCAGGCAUUGCAUGAACUGGGAAGCCUUCUCAUCUUUGCUGAAAAGAAAAGGGCUGCUUUUAAAUGUUGGUGCCAAGCUCUUGAUGACAUAUUCAGAAAACAAGAUGUGCUGCAUACAUGGAAAGAGUUUGGUAGCUCGCUCACCAAUGCUACCAAUAGCUAUUUACCUCCAGGUUCCAAAGAUUAUAGUGAGAAAUUUCUGUCAAAUGUUGGCAUUUGGGGAUGUUUGCAAGGAGCGGUCAUAUCAGCAAAGAUAGCUCAAUUUAUUAAGAUCUCAGAGGUUGACGAGAGAACCAACUGUUGCAUUUUGUCUGCAUUACUCUUUCAGGGUUUGCUCAGAACCACACUUCCACACCCCAAAGCAGAACGUUGCUAUGCUCAGUAUGAAAUCACUCAGCUUCUCCCAGGCAUCGAGCUCUUCUCGGACAGAUACAGGGCUGACAUUUGCUCUGUAGUUGCAAGUCUGUAUUACGUUAUACGUGAACUGCACUUUGCUAAGCAAAAUCUAAUAAUUCUGCCUCUCCUUGCAUUGUAUCAGUAUUUUGUUUCUGGAAUUUGCCAAGACCUAGUCAGAAAUCUAGAAGCAAGGAUCCUCAAGAUAGAAGUCCUUACAGAUUUAGGAUUUUUUUCUGAAGCCUUUUAUGAGAUAUCCCAGAUUUUUUAUGGAAAAAACAUGCCUUCCUCAAUACCUGCAGGCUGUAAAGCUACUGGAAAAGUGAAGAUAUUUCAAUCAUUUGACUCAGGAAAACCUCUUACUAGUAAAGAAAAUUUACAGGCACUUGAUGAAUUAAUAAGUAAAGGAUUGCCUCUAAUUCUGGUCACAGUUGGCCAACCACAUCUCCUAAAUAAGUUUUCUUUCAUUAAAGCCUACUUUUUAAUAAGUGUGGCUGCAACAAUAAAUUGUGUCCCAGAAAUUUCAGUGAAAACAAUCUACCAUGGACUUGUCUCUGAGAAGAGUAGAGCAAACUUUCAAAACUUGAAAGAAUUAUGUUUAAAGGACGAGGGAAUCUCAUUUGGUCAGUUUGCAAAAAUUAAAGGUGACUUCACACUUAGCACAAUAAAGUCAGCUUUACUGACAGAAGCUGAGGACAGGCUAAACUUCCUUGUGUCAGAGAUGGAGCAUCCAGGCCACAAGGACCUGUCCCAGUGUUCUGCUGGUGAGUUGGAGAUUGUGGUAGAGGCCAGGCUUCAGCUGGCUGCAAUUGCCCUGCAAAGACACCGGGCCGCAUACAGUGCUGCAAUAGUAUUUUCUACACUUAGACUUCUCCAGGAUUCAAAACUUUUUAAAAAGAAGGUAGUACAAGAUGACACAGAGAAUUCCAUCUCUCUGGGAGCUUCUGCCACUGAAAAUAAAGAUGAUGGUGAGUUUCUAGAUCCUACUUCCCUAAAUUCUCGAGAACAUUUCAACAUCCAUCUGUGGUUGAGAUGCCGCCUAGCAUUGGUGACCGCCUUCGUUGCACAGAUUCACGGCGUUGGAAUUGUGACAGAAAACAAUAUGACAGAUUACGUCAGCCUCAUCAACGAAGGGUGCAUGGAAGCAAAAAGUGCAGGUGACAGGGAGCUACAAGCUGAAUUCUUGAUGCAAGCUGUAAUCAUUGGCCUACAAGAAAAGCAUUUAAAGGCAGACAUCAUAACAAACCUUCAGGCUGUAAUACAUUUGCUUGAAGAAAGUGAAUUUAUUUCCCCUCGAUCUCAUUUAACCCUGGUGAGAAGCAUGCUUUUGCUGGAUGACUUAACAAAAGCUGAGAAAUUCAAGGAAACUCCUUCUUCAAAAACAGAAAAAUUAUGUUUGUUGACUCAGGCUCACAACAUUCUUAUUGAACAGAUGCUAACUUUCGGAGAAACGAUUGAAUUUCCUUUAUCAAACACUGACUCUGCAAGUCCAUCGCGGCCUUUGAAAAAUAUCUAUCUUCCCCAUGUCAUGUUAUUGGCCAAAACAAAAAUGAGGAUUGGACAUACAGUGGCCAAACAAGUCUAUUAUACCAGUAAAAAGAAGGAUCCCUCGAAGUGGUUACCUGCCCUUCAUCUUUUUGAAAUGGCACGGAAGCUCUGUAAGGUAGCAGCAGCAGAAGAACGUGAGGUAGAGGCAGAAAUUCUUUUUCAGAAAGGCAAAAUAGAACGUCAAAUAUUGAUGGAAGAGAAAUCUCCAAGUUCACAACUUGAGAGUUUAUUUGAAGCUAUACAACUAAGCUUGAGAAAUGAUCAAAACUCGGGGUUGAUAAGAGACUCCUACUUAGAAAUGGCCUUAUUAUUUUUACAUAUGAGGAAGCCAAAAAACAAUCUUUCAACACCACCAUUAACACUUAAGACUCCUACCAGAAGGCAUAGUUCUAUUAAAGAACCAACAGUAAAUAGAUUUGAAAUGUACGGUUCACUGGCCUGGACUGUGAUAAGAGCUGCUGCCCAGGUCAGUGAAGCUGUGCUAGCAGUUAAUCUACUUAUUGGAAAGAAGAAUGCUAGAACUGAUAAAGUCAGCCAAGGGGCCUUACCAAAUAUCCCCGAAUUUGCCACUGUGGAUCUUUUGUCUUCAUAUACAGAUUAUUUGCUUGAUAACUACCAAGUGGUGUUCCAGACUGCCUGUACAUUUUCUUAUCAAAAUGAUGGCAUGUGUGACAACACAGAUGCUAGAAAAAAGACUCCGACUAAAGUGGAUAUUACGUGGAUUCUUCUACUGCGCUACUAUAUUCAUCUGCAAAGGAUUAAUAAUAUGAGCAAAUUGCUAGCAUCUCCAAAGCCAGGAUCUGGAAUUUCUUUGCCAGAUGAUACACUUCUCACAUCCCUUUUCAACUCUGGGCUGAUAUUGCGCCAAAAGGAAAUGCAUUUUUUCCUUAAAAGAUUUUUACAGCUGUAUUCUUCCUCUUGUAUUGAUGAAUUUCCAAAAGAACUAUGUCAAGGAGUGGAAACUACAUUUUUCUCAGAAAAAACCUUAUAUAACUCAGUCAAGUUAUGUCAUGACAGUACUCUAUACUCUGAUUCAUCAUUAAAGCUCUCUGCCAGCCCAUCUUCAGGAGAUGUGUCAUCAGAUAUGAACAUACAAGAUUUAAACAAAGAACUUUGCUUUCAAUGGUACAUUCCUCCUCUAGAAAGACCCCCAAAGGAAACAGAACCUAUGGUUUUAUUGUUGUAUGCAUAUAACAUGAGGCCCCAGAAUAUUUCAGAUGCUGUGCCUAAUAGCACUUCUAGCGAUGUCUAUGUUGGCUCUUUCUGGGUUCCACUGAACAGGGUCAUUUCAAUUCAUGAGAAACUAUCUAAUCUUACGCAAAUAGCUGAAAUAUCAUUGCCAACAACUCCUGAAAUUACUUCAGAUGAAAAUGUAUCCGAAAUGCAAGAAAUGGAAGAGAAAUCAGUUGAUAAGGAAAUGGAAAACAUGAUUAUUGAAUGUUGCUCUGAAAUAAUAAAUCUAUUUUUGACUGAUAGAGAUACAACACCAUUGUCUGAGGUCCCAUUUGCUAUCUCGCUGCCAUCUAUAUUCAAUCUUGAGAGACUUUUUGAUCUUGCUAACGGUUGUAUUGUAUCAGGAGGAAGCCUCUUCAACUGGAUGGUGUCGAUUAUUCCCUAA